GUCACUAGAGGGAUUAUUAGAAUCGAGUGAAAGAUGGACGUACGUGGCGUUAAUUUAUUGGAAAAUAGAAUUCUAAUAAAUUUAUAAUUAUCGAUAUAUUUCGUUGACAAUGUUGUGAAAUUGCAUUUGUAUUUUUAGAAACAACUGUUAAAACUAAAUAUUCGAAAAAAUAUCAAGAACUGAAGAUUUUUAACAAGUACUAGUUCAAUAUGGUCUUUUUAAAAUGUCAGAAAGUAUUAUUAUUGUUACUAUUUUUAUGGUUAAGAAACAAUAUUGUGAAAGCUAAUCAAGAUACACACAUUAAAUCUCCUGCUGUUAGUGUAAAUGUAAAUAAUCCUUCUGAAGAUGAACCAAAAGAAUCGUCAUUAAAUUCACCUGUUACUUCAAAGAAUAAUGAUGCGUCAUCUAGUGAAGAACCUGUUUCUAGUCAUUCUAAUGAAAAAAUAACAAAUUCUGAAAAUUUAAAAGUUAUUACCAAAACUGAAGAUUCAAAAACAAUUGCAGAUUCUGUUGAUGAAUUAUUAGUUAAGGAUGAUAGAAAAGAUUCUAGUUCUUAUUUAUUGGAAAAUCCAACCAACAAUGAUAAUUUAUAUAAGAAUGCAGAAGAUGAUAACGUGCAUAAAAGUGAAAUGAAAGAGAAAUCUAUCUCUCUUGAUAAAGAGGUUUCUGAUGAUUCUAAUACAUUAAAAGAAGAAUCUGAAAAAUUACCAGUGAAAGAAGAAUUGACAGAAGAACAAAAACAAGUGCAAAUUUUAUAUGAAACAGCAAAGAGCAUAUUGAAUUCUACAAAACCAGAUAAAAAACGAGCAUAUGAUUUGUUAAAGCAAGCUGCUACUCUAGGUCAUCCUCAAGCUCAAGAAAUGGUAGGACAAGCUUUACUAUUUGGUGAUGUUUUAAAUCAAAAUAUCUCAGCUGCUAAAGAAUAUUUUGAAGAACUUGCAAAGACUGGAUCUCCGUUUGGACAAAUGGCAGUUGAAGAAGAAUUAUCUUCAAAUAGUGGUACAGCCAUUCAGAGGGUUCGAUUACUUGAUGAAUUGGAAAAUCCAGGAUCUACUUCAGGAGUUUUGGAUGAUGACUUAAUACAAUAUUAUCAAUUUCUUGCUGAUAAAGGGGAUGUUCAAGCACAAGUUGGUUUGGGUCAACUUCAUUAUCAAGGAGGUCGGGGAGUGGAACAAGAUCAUGCUCGUGCCUUGAAUUAUUUUGUACAAGCUGCUGAUGCUGGUAAUGCUAAUGCAAUGGCAUUUUUAGGAAAGGGACCUGCAUCAAGUGUCAAAUUACAGAAAGUUAGAGAUUCUAAAUUAGAAUCUCUAACUUUCUUUGAAGAAGAAUUAUCUUCAAAUAGUGGUACAGCCAUUCAGAGGGUUCGAUUACUUGAUGAAUUGGAAAAUCCAGGAUCUACUUCAGGAGUUUUGGAUGAUGACUUAAUACAAUAUUAUCAAUUUCUUGCUGAUAAAGGGGAUGUUCAAGCACAAGGCAAUCCUGUUGGUCAAAGUGGUUUGGGUUUAAUGUAUUUAUAUGGUAAAGGAGUUCAAAAGGAUUAUUCAAAAGCUUAUAAAUAUUUUAAUCUUGCUGCUAAUCAAGGAUGGGUUGAUGGACAGUUACAGCUUGGUAAUAUGCAUUACAGUGGCUUAGGAACUCAACGAGAUUAUAAAAUGGCAAUUAAAUAUUAUACCAUGGCAUCUCAAUCUGGACAUGUAUUAGCAUUUUAUAAUUUAGCCCAAAUGCAUGCAACAGGCACUGGAACUGUUCGGUCUUGUCAAACUGCUGUAGAGUUGUUUAAGAAUGUUGCAGAACGAGGCAGAUGGGGAACUAAACUCAUGCAGGCUUAUAUGGAUUAUAAGGAAGGAAGAAUUAGUGAAGCAUUGGUGAAGUAUGCUUUGCUUGCUGAACUUGGUUAUGAAGUUGCUCAGAGUAAUGCAGCUUUCAUUUUAGACAGAGGAGAAAGUGAUCUGUUUCCAAAGAAUGAAACAUUUGCUCGAGCUCUAUUAUAUUGGAAUCGUGCAGCUGUACAAGGUUAUUCUGUGGCAAGAGUGAAAUUGGGUGAUUAUCAUUAUUAUGGCUAUGGUACAAAUAUUGAUUAUGAAUCUGCAGCAGCACAAUAUCGAAUGGCAUCUGAGCAACAGCAUAAUGCACAAGCCAUGUUUAAUUUAGGCUAUAUGCAUGAACAAGGAUUGGGAAUGAAACAGGAUAUUCAUCUUGCAAAACGAUAUUAUGACAUGGCUGCUGAGACAAGUGCUGAUGCACAAGUUCCUGUAGCACUUGCAUUAACAAAAUUGGGAAUACUCUACAGUGUCAGUUAUUUUAAAGAGUAUAACUGGGAAAAACUGCUACCAGCUGUCAGUAUUACUCGUCUUUUAGGACCAAAUUGGGAUCUUUAUGUAAUGACCACCCUGGCUUUCCUUCUAGGCAUAAUUGUAUAUUUUAGAAGGAUUCCCCAAGGUUGACCGAUUUUUAUUUUUCACUUGAAUUUCCCAUGUACAGUAGUGGGAUGUUUUGUAUAUUUAUGGGGAAGUUGUCCAACAAAAUCUGAGAAGAAAAACUGCAGUCCCUCCAAUAAAGAUGUGACAGAGAAGAAAGCAAGAAUUGUGAAAUUACAAGUUUAAGUGGAUGCAGAAUAUCCUCUAAAAUUUAGAGUUGCAUAAAACUUGGAAAUGUGGAUAAUUUGUAGGCAUAUCUGUCACUGAAAAUAAAGUUUUGUUUGUUUUUAAAUAUAA